AUGGAAGAACAAGACGUACACUUCAGACAUAUUUUGUUGUAUUAUUUCCGAAAAAGAAAGAACGCAACGCAAGCACACAAAAAGUUAUGUGCAGUAUAUGGCAAUGAAGACUUGAAGAAAAGGCAGUGUCAGAAUAGGUUUGCCAGUUUUCGUUCUGGUGAUUUCUCAUUGAAAAACAUUCAACGAUCUGGCCGUCCAGUUGAAGUCGAUGAGACCCAUAUCAAGGCCAUUAUCAAUUCAGAUCGUCAUAGCACAACACGUGAUAUUGCAGAGAAGCUUAAUGUAUCGCAUACAUGCAUUGAAAAAAGUUUGAAAAAGCUUGGUUAUGUCAAGAAACUCGAUCUAUGGAUCCCUCACCAGCUGAAGGAAAUUCAUUUGGCGUCUGCGAUUCGCUUCUGA